AUGACGACCUAUGCUCAAUGUGGACAAGGGGAAGAAGCUUUAAAGCUCUAUCUAAAGGUUCUGGACAGGGGUCUUGCACCAGAUUCUUUUAUUUGCAGUUCUCUACUCAAUGCCUGUGCAAAUUUAUCAGCUUACGUACAGGGGAAGCAAAUCCAUGUUCAUGUCCUGAAGCUGGGGUUCAUGUCUGAUUCUUUUGCUGGGAAUUCACUUGUCAAUAUGUAUGCCAAAUGUGGAAGUAUAGAGGAGGCGGGUAGUGCUUUUGAUGAGGUUCUUGAGAAAAGUGUCAUAUCAUGGUCCGCAAUGAUUGGUGGGCUCGCACAACACGGCCAUGGUAAACAGGCACUUCAUUUGUUCGAUGAUAUGUUGAAAGACGGUGUUUCCCCCAAUCACGUGACAUUAGUUAGUGUCCUUAGUGCCUGUAACCAUGCCGGUCUAGUUGAAGAGGCCCAAUUGUAUUUUGACACAAUGAAAGAGAGAUUUGGCAUCGAUCGAACUCAAGAACAUUAUGCUUGCAUGAUUGAUGUUCUUGGCCGGGCGGGGAAGUUGGAUAGAGCAANUGAAUCUGGGGCUGCCAAAACCCACAAGAACGUGGAGCUUGGGGAGCAUGCAGCCAACAUGCUUCAAACCCUAGAACCCGAAAAAUCAGGGACCCAUGUUCUCUUGGCAAAUAUCUAUGCCUCAGCAGGAUUAUGGGAUAAUGUUGCAAAAGCACGAAGAUUAAUGAAGGAUAGCAACGUGAAGAAGGAGCCGGGGAUGAGCUGGAUGGAGGUGAAAGAUAACAUACACACAUUCAUAGUCAGGGACAAAAGCCAUCCUAGAAGUGAAGAGAUUUAUGCAAAACUUGAGGAAUUGGGACGCAAGAUGGAAAAAGACGGCUAUGUUCCUAUGAUAGAAACUGACCUCCAUCACGUGGAGAAGAAAGAGAAGGAACUCCUGCUCUCGUUUCACAGUGAAAAACUUGCGGUGGCUUUUGGACUGAUUGUGACCCCACCAAGAGCCCCCAUUAGGGUGAAGAAGAAUCUCCGCAUAUGUGUGGACUGCCACACGGUGUUCAAGUACAUAUGUAAGAUAGAAUCGAGAGAAAUAAUUAUUCGGGAUAUCAACCGAUUCCACCACUUCAGGGAUGGAUUAUGUUCAUGUGGGGAUUAUUGGUGA